AUGCCUCCUAAAUCUCGCGCAGAUUUGAAAAAAGCCGAAGCCGAGCGUUUGCAAGCACUCGUCGUCGAUCUGCUACGUGAAGAUGAAAAUAAAUAUUGUGCUGAUUGUGAAGCUAAGCAGCCUCGUUGGGCAUCAUGGAAUUUAGGAGUAUUUUUAUGCAUUCGAUGUGCUGGUAUACAUCGUAACCUUGGAGUGCAUUUGACGAAGAUUAAAUCUGUUAACCUUGAUUCGUGGACAGCCGAACAAGUUCAGAGUAUGCGAGUGAUGGGUAAUGCGAAAGCGAAAGCUGUAUACGAAGCUGAACUGCCGGAUCAUUUUCGACGACCGCAAACAGAUCAAGCGCUUGAAUCAUUCAUCAGAGCUAAGUACGAACAUAAACGAUACAUGCUGAAAGAUUGGUCUCCUCCUCGAGUGGAUAUCAAUGAUCUGCCCCCUCCACCCGAAAAGCAUCGACAUAAUGAUCGCGUGAUUAAAACUGGCUCCUCAAAGGUAACAAUACCACUUGGUACAACUGAGAAAUUGAGUAGUAUACCAUCACCGUGUGCGACGCAGUCGAUGACACCUCAGCCUGUUAACUCCAACGUCGAACCUCCUUUGUUGGAUUUAGCUUCACCAUCUCAGCCUCCUACUAUCAGUUCUAACAAGCAGUGCUCGGAUGAGUUGAAAAAUAGUGCGUUGUGUUGGGAUGAAGAUGCGGUUGAUAUGACAUCUUCAAAUGGAUUGAACGUUGAGACGUUGAAUGCACCUGCAGCUGCAGACCCUUUGGAGGAUAUGUUCGGACCGAUUGUGAGCGCAGCCCCAAUAAAUUCGUCACUCAAUCUUAACACAGAUUGUGCAUCAACGUCGGAAAGGAAUGAGACAACCAAACAGAAUACUUCUGCUAAUAAUUUAGGUGAUUUGGCAUCCAUCUCACUAACAUCAACUUCUGAAUCCGAAAAGAAGAGUAAAUCGGAUAUAUUGGCAUUAUUUGAUUGUGCUCCGAAGUUGCCAAUCAGAACAGCGAAUCCGUUACAGCAGCAUCAGCAGCAGCAGCAAAUGCCUGCUCAGUUCACACAGAUGAAUACAUCAAACGAGAUGAACGGUAUGUUCGGUGCAUUUGGAACAUCGCAAUCAGCUCAAAUGCAAAUGCCGCGACAAGUCGGCGGUUUCUAUGCACCAAACAUCAUCCCACAUUCUCAGCCUGCGUAUGGACAGUUCACAAAUCAGAUGAAUAAUGCGAUGCCAGCAAUAGGUACGUUUAUGAGUCGUGAAACAGCAGCUGCAUUUGCCGCAGCAUCUCCGUUCGCUAAUCCGUCGAUGCUCAAUUCAUGUGCAUCAACAAACCCAAAUACUACUUCUUCUACUAUCCCAUCGUCAACGAACGCCAAUAUUACGGCUUCAUUCGAUGCCUUUGCCGAUCUUCAAUCACUUCAAAUGAACAGUUUGUCAACUUGUGAUACGUCCAUCUCGGGUGGGACGAUUACCAGUGGAUCUGCUACUCUAAACCCGCAACGGUUGCCACCGUCUAAUCUAUAUAAAAAUAACCCAGCUGCUGGUGAGCAGUUAUCGCUUUCCACUUUGCCACAGGACUCAGUUCCGAAAAUAGGUACAUUCGUUGCCGACUUCAGUCGGCUUGGAUUGGGGCAUGGCGAUGCGCAAAUGGGUGCUGUUGAAGAGAAUCCUUCACAGGCAAACGCUAGUAUUUGGGAUUGA